UCUAAUUCAAUGUUGAAAAUUGAAUUAGAAAAUGUGUUUUUGAUGGUUCCCAUAUGUAAUGUCAUUGCACGAAAAAUCCAUCUUCAAGGAUAUCUCCAAAGUGGAGACCUUGUCGGAAAAAGCUAGUUUGGUAAAAGAUAGAGCAUUCAUUCUUGCGCCAUUCGAUCGAUCUUUAUUCGUACUAAAAAGUACAACUCGUUUUUUUGAAGGUCCUCUCCAUUGCUGAGAAAUUUCACUUUUGCUAAAACAGGUGCGAAAAAAUCGCAAUUCUGCCCAUAAUUCUCAAUUUUCUCCAUCAGAAUUCCCUUUUUAUGCAAUAAAAGUAUCAUAUUCAGAGUCAGCGUCAAAAACUGUGUCGAAUGAUAUAUUUUCAUUUUUUGGUGAAAAUCUCAGUAAAUUUCGAUUUUCAGACAGUUCGAAGAAAUAUGGAGAAUAAAAUCAUUUUAGAAAUAUUAUCGAUUAAGUUUUUGUAUAGUAAUUUGUUUUUAGUAAUCAGUCCAUUCUUAGAAGUGAAUAUUUGAUGAAUUUAAUUUAUUUCAAAAUAUGUCCAUCUAUUGGCCAACUUAUUCGUGGACUAUUAUUCAUAAAUUUGAUAAUAUUACUUUAUUAUAUGAUUAAAAAAGAUUUGUAUUCGAAUAAUCUUCACUAUUCGUGUAGAACAUUCCAUCAAGAUACUACUACUAUACCACAAUCAUUAUGCAAUACGUUUAGCACUUUAAGAGGAAAAAACCAAAAAGUAUUCUCAUUAUCUAUUUUUGGACCAGAAGAAGACUUGAUAUUUACACGUGAACGUAGUCUUCAAUAUUUAAACUUAUUUUUCAUUGAAGUGCAACAACUAUUUCCCGAUUGGUUUGUACGCGUCUACUAUCAUGACGAUAGUAUAUUGACAGAAAAAGAUAUUGUUCAUUUCGAAUGUUUAUACUGGUACGUUGAUUUUUGUAAUAUCAAGAGAAUACUGCCUCUUGUAUCAAAAUACGUAUCCGGUAGAAUAUGGCGUUUUAUUCCAAUUGAUGAUACGUUCGUUGAUAUUGUCAAUAUUCGAGAUUUAGAUUCACCAGUAACAAAACGUGAAAAAUUAGCUGUUAAUUAUUGGUUAAAUAAUACGACAAAAUCAUUUCAUGUAAUGCGUGAUCAUCCAAAGCAUAUGUCACCAAUACAAGCGGGUAUGUGGGGAGUAAGACGAACAAAAGGAAAUAAUAGAUCUCGCAUAUUGGAAAAAGUUAAUAAUUUAACAUUAAUGAAAAAAUAUAAAAGUAUAGCAGGUGAUGAAGAGUUUUUGGCUGAUCAUUUAUGGCCACAUAUACGUCAAAAUGAAACAAUUGUUCAUGAUAGUUUUCAUUGUUUUAAGUAUGGUGAAAAAGUAUGUUCUCCAUUUCCAACGGUACGGGCACGUGAAAAAGAUAACUGUUUUGUUGGAUGUUGGAGACCGUGUUGUGUAAAUGAAAAUUGUUAA